AUGGCCUACGAAGUCAUUGCAUUCGUGCUCAAAGACACCGUUCCAAAUGAGUCAAUUGAGCCAAUUCUAAAAGACUAUAUUCUCGACUUCAUCGUCUCUGAGUCGGGAGUCCAGAAAGCGUAUUGGGGAAUGGAGAUUGAAAAUCCGCGAAAAGCUCAUAUAUUUGUCUAUUGGGACUCGAUUGAGGCUCAUGAAGAAUUACAGAAGAAAGAUUAUUACCUCCCCUUCAUCCAGAAACUCAGUACAAUCACCGACAUGACACAAAUCCACGCAUUCCAUACGCACGUUCUACCACAUCCAGCCGACCAAGUCCUUCACGAGGAAACAUCACCAGUAACAGAACUUUUCACCGCUUAUUUUCCUAAAGACUACUCUGAAGCCAAACAGCGCCAGUAUGUCAAGAGACUGGAGACGUUGGUGGCAAAUGGUAAACCUGAAGGAGCUACUCAAAGUCCAAUUAAGGGAUAUUCUGGCGGUUGGGCAGUUGAAGAUUUAAUGGUUCCUGGAACGGACGAGAAAGGGAUGGCGUUUCUGGCGAUUUUUGGGUGGGAGUCAGUGGAGAAGCAUAGAGAAUUUACGGAAACGGAAGCGUUCAAAAGGAAUAGGUAUUUAAUUGAUGAGGUGGAGGGGCUGAGACAUCGAGAUGUAGUACAUUUUACGGGGAGGAGGAUUAAAUGA